UGUUUGUUGAUACUUUUUGAUUCUCCCCCUUUUUAUGGUUGUUUUGUUAUAAACUGAACUGUAUGUUGUUAACAUGUUGAAACUUAAUAUGAAGCUCAUAAAAAUCAAUAACUUGCAUAUUAAACAGGUGCUCACUAACUAAACAACUUUGAUAUAUAUUGUAAUCAGGCUAAAAAGGAAUUUGGUAAAUUAAAUAACCUGUAGCCCUUUAGUUCUUACUGUCUUCUGUCCAAUAUUGCUGUUUUAAUUGCUCAAGAAUUGUAAUAACUAGAAACAAACAUCGGAAUUCAUGGGAUAAAUUUUCUUGUGCUCACCAACAUUAAAUUGCAACUGUUCUGAAAUGGGGAAGGGGGAAUAUGAAAUAUAAAUGUGUGGCUUCCUGUGUUUAACUGUUUUAACCAUUCAAAGCUGAAGCUUGUCUAAAUAACAUCUAAUAAUCAACCUGCAAAAUAAAGAAAAGAACUCCACCAAUACAAAGAUCAACUGGUUAAUGGUGUUUGAGGAAAUGAUCCUUGUUAAAAUUAGAAUCAUACAAAACCCAAAAGUACAAAAUGAAGUUGCUGAUUGUUGAUGGGACAUAUAAUUACUAUUCGGCUAUAAAAUUGAUUGAAAAGAUGGGAGAACCUAAGUAAUGGUGGAUACUCUGGGACUCGGUUCUGAUUUUUAGCUAAAGAAACACAACCUGUCAUUCCAUUUUAUGAAUAUUACGAUAUCUGUUUAUCAUCCAUAUCUGUGCCAUUUCAUAUAGCAUCUCUUUUACUUUUGCCAUAUUUCUGCAAUACAAGAUGCAGAAAUGUUAUUUCGUCAAUCAUCACGUGACGGCCUCACGAAUGAAGCUCUGAAUAGAGAAAAUGAAUAUUCUUCAUCUGCUGAUUGGGAGCAUUUCCUUUGUCAGUCAUCAAUGAAAGAAGGUAAGGAUGAACAUGGUGAUUGCAUUGAUGAACAGAGUCUGAGGAUUGAUGAAAAUCAUGAACACACGAACAUACUUACUAGUAAGGAUUGUGACAGGUUAUGCUCACUUGGAAGUAAUGCAGACAGACCAUAUGUGUGUGCUGUGUGUGGGAAAGGAUUCAGUCAUGCUGGCAACCUGAGGGUUCAUAACAUGAUACACACUGGAGAGAAACCCCACCUGUGUCAACUAUGUGGGAAAAGAUUUGUUACAAGUAGUGAACUCAAGAAACAUAGCUUAUCUCAUACAGGAGAGAAGCCACACGUGUGCAUAAUGUGUGGCAAGGGAUACAUCCAGCGUGGAGAUUUACGAAGACACCUAUUGACUCACACGGGUGAAAAACCUUUCUCUUGCUCAUACUGUGGUAAGGGUUUUACAGAUAAUUCAAAUUUAAAGCAACAUUUGCUUAUACAUACAGGGGAGAAGCCAUACAAAUGUGAGGAAUGUGGAAAGGGUUUUAACAAUUCUGGAAAUCUUAAAACUCACAACUUGACACAUACUGGCGAAAAACCUCACAAAUGUAAAACAUGUGGCAUUGGCUUUAGUACUCGUGGCAAUCUUAAAACUCAUAUAUUAACACAUUCUGAAAAGAAACCAUUUGUUUGUGGCAUCUGUGGUGAAGGUUUUUGUAGAAAUUCUCAAUUAAAAACACAUACAUCAAGACAUAGUGGUGAGAGACCUUUUGCCUGUGAUGUCUGUGGUAAGCAAUUUUUUACAAAGGGAAAUUUGAGAACACAUUCUAUAACUCAUACUGGUCAGCACCACCCAUUUACAUGUUCUGUUUGUAAUAAAGGUUUUACUUAUAGAGGAAACUUGAAGCAGCAUAUUGAGACACACACUGUAGAAAAACAGCAAGUCUGUAAAGAAUGUGGUAAAAGUUUUAGUAGUAGUACAUGGUUUAAGAAACAUACACUAUCCCACUCUUUAAAAGGUAGCAUUGUCAGCAGUUCAUGAAUUCAGGAAUUACUUGUGCAGCAAACUAUUGGUCCCUGGAAAAUAUUUUUCUUAUACAUACAAUUCAUCAAACCUUGUGAAUAUUGUGAAGAAAAGAAGAAAACUGUAUGAAUUAUGAUGUAUUUGAAUCAUCAAUUUUGUUUUCUUUGGAAUUUGUGAAAUUUGUUUUAUUAUUUAUGCUGAUAUAGUGGAUGCCAUUUUAUCAUCCCGUUUCUAGUGACUACAUUAAUAUGUUAUCAACAUUAUUAUCUAUAAAUAUGUAAUGUCAGAUACUUAAAUUUGUAUUUGAAUAUUAAGAAUUACAUGAUUUACCUAAUUAAAUAUUUGAUUCAUUAUACAAAACUCCUGAAAAGUAAUGUAUAUAAAAUAUACCUCAAACAAUGUGCAAUAUAUAAUAUUUGCGUAGUGAAUUUAUAGAUUGAUUAUUUUAAAACAAACAAUUACUUUUCAUGAAACUUUAAAUUCGGUCUGUUAUGAAUACUGAUUCCAGUGAAAGUCAUUGCUGUUAUCCUUUGCAAUAACAUAUUUUUAAAUUUUCCCAUUUAUAAUGUUACCAUGUUUUUUGUUUUUUUUGUUUGAAAAAUGUUAUGCAUUGCUUUCAUAAGAUGUCUUCAUUGAUGUUGUCCACGAAUAAGAGUAUAUGUGAAUCACAGAUGUUCCUGUUGGAGAUUGGUUGUCUUGUCAGUACUAUUUAAGGUACAUCUAUUUAAGUUUGUAACAUGCUUACAUACUGUCCUUAUAUUACUAUAAUUCCUGGUUCAAUUCUGUCUUUCCAUCAUUAAAAUAAAUGUUAAUCAAACUGGGAGAAAAAUUUGAACCUUGUCUUAUGCCUUCAUUUAUUAUAAUUUUCUGUAUGAGUCCUUUAUAUAAAUGCAAUACAAUUGAUAUACCUUGGUAAA